CAGGAGCGCAGCGGGGAGCCGUGGGUGCCUGACAUGCUCAGCUCGGAGGAUGAGGAGCCCACACGGCCGCUGCUGUGGGUUUGGGUCCGGAGGAGGAGGAGGUGGAGGAGCUGCCCCAACACCGGGACGUCCUCUGGGUCCUCCUGCUCAGGUAUGGGAGCACAUAAGUGGGGGAUGGGUGUAAUGGGGGAAAGUGGGUGUGGGAACCCACGAGGACCCAUAUGGGGAUGUGUCCACGUCCUACCAGAGCCCCAUCCCCAUCCAUUCCCCACAGUUCCCAUCCCUUUUCCAUGAUUCCUUUCCCCUUCCCACAGUUCCCAUCCCUUCACCUCUUCUUCUCUUCCCCUAUCCAUGAUUCCCAUCCCCUUUUUAUCCUCCUCAUCACUUCCUCACAAUUUCCACCCCUUUGUCCUUCAUUUCCAUCCACUUCUCCAAAAUUCCCAUUCUGUCCCCAUCGUUCCCAUCCCAUCUCUGUACUUCCCAUCCCUUCAUCCCUCCUUCCCAUCCCCUAUCUGUGGUUCCCAUCCCCUUUCCAUGGUUUCCAUCCCUUUACUCCUCAUUUCCACCCCAUUUCCAUCCUCCCCAUCCAUUUCCCAUGGUCCCCACCCCGUAUCUGCAGUUCCCAUCACCUUUCCAUCCUUCUCACCCCCUCCCUGCAGUUCCCACCUCUCCGCCCCCCGUCCCCACUCCCUAUUCCCACCCUGCUCCCUAUUUCCUCCCUACUUCCUAACAGACGCUGCUGACGACGGAUGGACGACCACAACAACAGAGGGUUCAUCCAUGGAGGAUGACGGUGAUGAUGAUGACGAGGAAGAUGAGGAUGAAGAUGGGACCAACAUCAAACCCCGCAGCACCACAUCGGGACGGAGAAGAACCGGCAUCUCCUGCACCCAGUGCGGGAAAAGCUUCCGCCAUUCCGUGUCACUCCGCCGGCACCGCCGCCUGCACCGCCGCGUGCAGCCAUCCCCGUGCACCCGCUGCGGCCGCGUGCUGAUGUGCAGCUCCGCCCUGGAGGACCACCAGAAGAAGCACUGCCGACCCCAGGCCCGGCACCGCUGCUUCCCCUGCACCGACUGCGGCAAGCAGCUCUCCUCCAAUGCUGCGCUCGUCACCCACCGCCGCAUCCACACUGGGGAGCGACCCUACAGCUGCCCUGACUGCGGGAAGCGCUUCAUGGCCAGCAAGUCGCUGGGCAAGCACCGCAAGAGCCACUCGGAGGAUGGCUUCUUUACCUGCCCUGACUGUGGCAAGAAGCUGACGUCCAAAGCCACGCUGCUCACCCACCGCCGCAUCCACAGCGGGGAGCGGCCCUACGAGUGCCCCGACUGCGGGAAGCGCUUCAUGGCCAACAAAUCGCUCAGCAAGCACCGCAAGAGCCACGUGCUGCCAAGCAGCAAUGCCAGCAGUGCUGCAAACACAGCCUACGUGGCACAGCUCCAGAUGCACCGCAACCACGCACCAGAACCGUGUGCUGAAUACAGGCAGAGCUCAGCCCGCAGUGCAACACCUGCACGGCAGCACCGGCAGCACAAGGAUGUGAUGCCCCAUCACUGCCUGCAGUGCGGAGCUGCCUUCCGGCUGCAUUCGGCACUGCUGCUUCACCAGAAGAGCCACGCGGUGCCGCGGCCGCACGCCUGCAGCGACUGCGGGAAGGCGUUCCGUGAAGCAGCCACUCUGCGCCGGCACCGCCGUAUCCACACUGGAGAGAAGCCGUACAGCUGCCAAUACUGUGGGAAGAGCUUCCGUGCCAGCUCCACGCUCAUCAUCCACCAGCGCAUCCACACCGGCGAGAAGCCGUACCCAUGUGGCAGCUGCACCAAGCGCUUUGUCUCCAGCUCGUCGCUCAUGAAGCACCGCCGCACUCACCAGCGCCAGGCACCGUGAUGGGGUCGGUUGGUUCCCCCUCCCCACGGGGCUCUGAGGGGCUCACAGCCUCCUCUCCACAGAGCUCUGCCAUGUCCAUGUUGCUGGCCCACAAUUUUAUG